AUGAUGUCGUGUAACGGCUCCACGCGUUUCGCCGAGGACGUGCCUCGCACCCCCGAGGCGCAAACUGCAUACGAACCCAGUACGCCAGAAAACCCCGAACUCAACAUGCCAGGGAAAAGCGAGUUGUCGGAUUUUGAAAAGCAGCGUUUGGCAAACAUUGCCGAGCGUGAUGCGCUGCUGAAGAAGCUCACACUUGAAUCGCAAUCCUCGGGGCUCUUCGCAAGCCCUAGGACCCCCGGAACCAAUGGUGUGAAACCGAAAAAGCGCCCGGCUCCUAAAGUCAAAGUGAAGGUCGAGGAAGAUACCACGCCCCGACGGACAUCCUCGCGCCUGAAAGGCAUUGCGGCCGAGAGUGAAGUAGCGAAGCGCAAGGCCGACGACGAGUAUGAAGCGAUGCGCGAAGCGGAUAGAAUCAAGAGGAUGCGCCGGACAGACUCGUUCAGCCAGGCGGAUAUGUUUGUUUCGGGACAGAAGCUCAGUGCCGAUAGCCUGAUCAGCGUGGAUGUCAUCACCAAGGGUGUUGCGAAGCCCUAUGAAAGGACCUUCGGGGACGAUGAAAUCGAGAAAACCACAGAUAAAGAGCUGAAGGCUCUUCGGGAGGAGAUGAAUGGACUUCAAUUGUGGGAAUCUUGGGAUCCUCAGCGGAUCAAGAUCACUCCGGAGCGUGUCUACAGCAUGGCGUUUCAUCCAUCCGAAUCCAAACCUCUUAUUUUUGCGGGCGACAAAAUGGGUCAUCUGGGCAUGUUGGAUGCUUCACAGGAAAAGCCUACGGCGGGAGAGGACGACGAGGAUGAGGAUGACCCAGAUCCAGUCCUCACGACACUCAAGCCACAUACCCGGACUAUCAGCGCAAUGAUGGUUAACCCCUCAAAGCCGACACAUUUGUAUACUGCAAGUUAUGAUAGCUCGAUUCGCUCACUGGACUUGGAGAAAAUGGUCUCUUCAGAGACCUAUGCCCCCGAGUCAACCAACAUUGACGAGGCGCUUUCCGGAGUUGACAUGACCCCUGAUGACACUAACACCUUGUACUGGACUACACUGCAAGGUGGAUUCGGGCGAUAUGAUACACGCACGGCGCGCAAAGAUAACAAUGUGUCAAACUGGGAUCUUUCUGAGAAGAAGAUCGGAGGCUUUACACUGUGUCCCUCCCAGCCCCACUACUUCGCGACAGCAAGUCUGGAUCGAUUCCUGAGAUUAUGGGAUCUGCGCAAGCUGUCGCACGAUACUCCUACUGCUGUUGCCGAGCAUGAAAGCCGGCUCUCGGUUUCCCACGCAGCUUUCAAUGCUGCUGGGCAGAUUGCUACUUCUUCCUACGACGAUACGCUGAAGAUAUACGACGUGGGUGCCAAGGGUCUUUCUUCGUGGAAGCAGGGCCACAAACUUUCAGAAAAGGAGUUCACUCCUGACACAGUUGUUCGACACAACUGCCAGACUGGCCGCUGGGUUACUAUUCUCCGCCCUCAAUGGCAAAUUAACCCGCAGUCUUCCAUCCAGCGUUUUUGCAUCGGCAAUAUGAACCGUUUCGUCGAUGUGUACAGUAGCAGUGGCGACCAACUUGCCCAGCUUGGUGGUGAUGGAAUCACCGCCGUACCUGCUGUUGCUGUGUUCCACCGUAGCAAGAACUGGGUUGCUGGUGGCACUGCUAGUGGCAAGCUCUGCUUAUGGAAGUGA